AGUCUGGAGGUAUGAGAAAAUCAUCUGAUUUUUGGAACCUUUGAAAACUCCCCAAGCUCUAGGCUUGGUAUUUAUUUAGCGUUAGGGCUUCUAGGCUUUGCUCUCUGAGAGUUUAAUCUUGAGUUUCCGAUUGUAAAUAACGAUUUGAGUUCUUUAUAAUGUGACUUUCUGGGUUCUGUUCCUCAGGGUGACCAUUUCUAACCAUACUUUUUAAGAUCCCGGGCUCUCCCCAGGGCGCGGUAAGGAAUAGAUUUGCCGCUGUUGGUUCUGUGCUGCAUCUGUUGGUCGGAACGCCCCAUCCCAGCAAGGAGUGCCCCAGGCCGGGCGCUGUGCACUGUCACCUCCUGGCAAUUUUAGACACCAAGAGAAUGUCUAACAGAUACAAACCAAAUGGAACGUGUAAAAAUAAUGUACAUUUCGCUGUAUUUUUAAGUUAUUGACCGUCUAAAUACAGUAAUAUAAACCUUACCCGUAUUCGCCUUUGAUUUCAUGUAUUAACGCGCACCUCGGCCCUGCGUUUCGGUGGGAGCCGCGCGGCUCCCGGUGUUUACCUCGGGGCGCGACGGCGGGACAGCGCCUGCGGAGCGGGACCGGGGCGUUAUGAGGUCGGGGCGCGACGCCGUGCGGCGACGGGGCGCAGCGGGGAGCCGUCUCGGUUCUGGUUGGGUCGGGCCGGGCUGGGCCGUGGGGGGAGAGCCCCGAGGGGCCAGCCCGCAGGGAGCAGUCGCUGCCACCCCCGUUCGCCCCGCGCCCCUUCCAUCAAUCCCGGCCCUCCGGCUCCAAUCACCGCACUUAGCCGCGCUGCUUAAAUAUGCAGGGGAGACGUCAUCUGCGAAGGUGGAUCGGGCGUUAAGUGGCCAAUAUCUAUAUAAAUGUGGCCGAGGGGAGAAGCGGGAGCAGGAGGCGAGCGGGGCCGGGCGGACCGCAGCCGAGAGGGCCCUUCCGCUCGCCGUCUCCUUCCCGGCCCCGCGCGUGGCAGCCUCCGGGGCGGGCACCGCCGCCGCUGCUCCCCGCCCUCCCGGCGCGGGGCAGGGAGCGGGACCCGCGGUGCGCCGCAGGAGGGAGGAUGCCUGCCGGGCUCUGCUGGCCCGCGGCGGCCGCCCUGGCGCUGCUGUUCCUGGCGCUGCUGCUCGCCCUGUGCAGGCACCUGUGGGCGCUGCGCUGGAGCCUCAGCCGAGACCGUGCCAGCGCCCUGCCGCUGCCCAAGGGCUCCAUGGGCUGGCCCUUCUUCGGGGAGACCCUGCACUGGCUGCUGCAGGGCUCCCGCUUCCACAGCUCCCGGCGGGAGCGCUACGGCAACGUGUUCAAGACCCACCUGCUGGGCCGCCCGGUGGUGCGGGUGACGGGCGCUGAGAACGUCCGCAAGAUCCUGCUGGGCGAGCACACGCUGGUCAGUGCGCAGUGGCCCCAGAGCACCCAGAUCCUCUUGGGCUCCCACACCCUGCUCGGCUCCACGGGUGACCUGCACCGCCAGCGCCGCAAGAUCCUGGCCAGAGUGUUCUGCCGCGCCGCCCUGGAAAGCUACCUGCCGCGGAUCCAGAAGGUUGUGAGCUGGGAGCUGCGGGGCUGGUGCAUGCAGCCGGGCUCCAUCGCCGUUUAUUCCUCUGCUAAAACCUUAACUUUCCGCAUUGCAGCUCAGAUUCUGCUGGGACUCCGUCUGGAGGAAAAGCAGUUCAAGGACCUGGCCAAAACCUUUGAACAGCUGGUGGAGAACCUCUUCUCCCUGCCCCUCAAUGUGCCCUUCAGCGGGCUGCGCAAGGGCAUCAAAGCACGGGACAUGCUGCAUGAGUUCAUGGAGAGGGCCAUACAGGAGAAACUGCAGCGAGCCAUAUCAGAAGAACACAGCGAUGCUCUGGAUUUCAUAAUAAACAGUGCCAAGGAGCACGGCAAAGAGUUCACCAUGCAGGAGCUGAAGGAGUCAGCCAUCGAGCUCAUAUUUGCUGCUUUUUUCACCACGGCCAGCGCCAGCACCUCCCUCAUCCUCCUGCUGCUAAAGCACCCCUCAGCAAUUGAAAAAAUCCGUCAGGAGCUGGUAUCCCAUGAGCUGUACCCACAGCACCAGAACUGCCCUAUGGCACCCUGCCCAGGGACGGGCAGGGAUAGUGAGCAGCAACUCCUCACCACAGCCAGUGAUGCUCAUGAAGACCAGCUCCAGCUCCCUGACCUCACAGAGGAGACAGAGCUGGGGGGUGGCUGCUCCCCCAAUCUCCCAGCCCUGUUGGAGCCCAUGCACCCCCCAAGCAGCCCCCAGCCCCGGGGCUGCCGCUGCCCCCUGGACAUCAGCCUGGAGCAGCUGAGCCGCCUGCGCUACCUGGACUGCGUGGUCAAGGAGGUGCUGCGGGUGCUGCCGCCGGUCUCUGGGGGGUACAGGACUGCACUGCAGACCUUUGAGCUGGAUGGUUACCAGAUCCCCAAGGGCUGGAGCGUGAUGUACAGCAUCCGUGACACACAUGAGACGGCUGCCAUCUACCAGAGCCCCCCAGGUGGCUUUGAUCCUGACCGCUUCAAUGUCACCCAUCUGGAGGCUGCCGGUCGCUUCCACUACAUCCCCUUUGGCGGCGGGGCACGGAGCUGCAUCGGCAAGGAGCUGGCACAGGCCAUCCUGAAGCUGCUGGCCAUCGAGCUGGUCACCACAGCCCGCUGGGAGCUGGCCACUCCCACCUUCCCCGCCAUGCAGACCGUGCCCAUUGUGCACCCUGUCGACGGGCUGCAGCUCUACUUCCACCCCCUGUGGCCCAGUCAUGGCGGCGAGGCCUAAGCCAGGCCGCUGAGCUCAGCCUGGUGGCGUUGCUCAUGGUUGGGCCGCUACAGAGCAAAACCCCCAAAGGCCUUGUUGUUUUUCCACCUCCUAGUGCUCAGUGCAUUUGGAAGGGUCCCACAGAGCCCUGAGCACCAAGGGGAGCCUCACCCCCUUGGGGGGGCCCACCAGUCCAGCCCCACACAUGCCCCCAGGAACAAAGCCUCAUUUCUGCCCUGGGGCUUUCUCCCCUGGGUGUGCAAAUGAAAGGCAGGAGCAUUCUGUACACCCUGUUCUGCACACCACAGCUUUCUAGAGGUGGGAAAGAGGGAAGAUGAGGGCUCUGCAGGGAAGCACGUGCUAGGUCUGCCCAAUUUACAGUAUCAACUGUAGGUAGGAUAAUUGCGUCAAGAGGCUUUUAUUGUAAAUAUUUCAUCUCUUUCCUGCACUUCCUAUUAGAGCCAGUGCAAAUGAGACAUGUGUUGACCCAGUGGAUGCGAGUACAGUGCCUGAGUGCCAUACUGCUGCUUGGGGCCUGUUCCAGAUAACAGGGUGGGCCACAAACCUGUGGUGAAUAAAUGUUUGGAAAACGUUCAUUUCUGAACAGGCCUGCUUCGUGAGGGCAUGUCCUGUGCUCCUGCUGGUGCUGGCACAUAGUGGAGGGACAUUGCAUGGGGUCAUGGUGGCUGUCACAGGGCAGCCGUGACCCUGCCCCAGCCCUGCUCUGUGUCCAAGCACUGACCAGUGGCUCUGGGGGCACCGCAGUGGUGCCUGGGGCUGAGCCCAGGAGCUGGGGACAUAUUUUCAGAUGGCUUUUGAGUGCCUCACUGGGGUAUGAGUCUCUCCUCUGUACAAUGAUGUGAGUCCCGCUGCUUGUGCUCCAAAUGUCUGGUGUCAGUGCUGGGCUGAAAGCCACCCUGCCUGGGCCGGUUCCCAUCACACACCUAUGCUGGGACACGCAGCGGAGCACAGCGCUGCCUGGGGCAGAAAUGUGGCUCCCAAACGUGGUGGGUCAGAUCUGGAAGAGGUUGAACCGCGGGACUGAGUUAAGUGCUGUUGGCAGUUCGACCCCAUUGUGAACCAGAGCCUCUGCCCCUCCUGACCUUGUCCUGAGAAGUGCGUCUCCCCGGCUAUCAGAGGGAAAGCGGUGGCUGCAGGUGGCACCGGGUGACCGCUGCGGGGCCGCCGGUGCGGCAGUGACCUGGGGGACGUGAGGGAUGUGUGGGCUCCGGCCACGGGAGCGCCGGGGCUCCUCCAGCAGCGCACUUAAAAAUUACCCCGAGCGCUAACGAGCCCCGCAGCCGCCUGCUGAAACGUGUAACGUAGAUCUAGUUAAAAAAAAAAAAGCCUCGAAACUGAUUUUGUUUUCAGAUAAACACGAGCAUUUACAAAUGAAGUGUAAUAAUUGUUACUUGUAAUCAAAGUUUGUUCAUAUUAGGCUGUUAAUUUCUUGACCUCCUUCCAAGAUGUUUUUAAUUAUCCCUUUCACUCUUUACCAUUUGAUUCUUUUCAAGCCGAUGGCUGCGGAAUACACAGCUGGGGAGAUAAUAAAGCCUUCCUGCGGCAA